AUGACCUCCUUGUCUACUUUGAAGACGGCAAUAGAGGCGGCCCAGGACUACAAACCAGAUGGCUGGAGGGACCACCUCAAGAAGUAUGUCGGGUCCGGGUUGAAAGAGCACGGCGUUCGAGCCGUAUUCUCAGCGCCUUUCAUGAAAGAGAUCCCCGCCGAGCAGAAGGUGAAGAUCCUUGAAGCCUUCCCGCAGAGUGACAAGGAGGCUUGGUUGCUGCUAAAAAGGCUGCCAUUGAACCGUGCUAAGCGAAGACAGUUGUGGCGGUGCCGGGAUUGGGUGGUCCAUCUUUUCUCUGGAAAAGGAGUGGUGGAUGACCCUCUCAAGGCCGUAAAGGGGGCAAUCUUUGAGAUUGACUUGGUUGCAGGCAUGGACCUGAAGAAUGUGGAAGUUUACAGCCUGCUGCUGCUUUGGGCAGCAGCAGAGGGCCGUAUCCGAGCGGUUAUUGGUGGACCGCCUUGCCGUACCUUUACCCUUCUUCGCCAUCGAGAAGAUACCUGGGCAACCAAACGCUCCAAAGCCGGUGAGAUCAGCCGAAAGCUUAUGGGGAUUGGAUGGUGUGGCUUUGGUUGGUCGCGGACACGGGAAGACAGACAGAUUGGCAUCGUGACCUUGGAGCAUCCUGGAGAUCCUAGAGAUUACCUAGAUGAAGGUAGUACUUUGUGGUCGGCAUGUCCGUCGGUGUGGAGAACUCAGCUCCUUGAGAUGUUGGCUGAAACCAUGGAUCUCCGGAAGUAUGACUUCGACCAGGGAGCAUACGGACAUGAAGAAAAGAAGCCGACGGGCUUCUUGGCUAACAUGGAGCUGGAUCUACAUCAAAGAGACCCCCGAUUGCAUCAUCCUAAGCCGGUUUCUUCUGGAAGUAUGGCAGUGUGGGCCUUGGGCUUUCGGAAGGGAAUUGCAAGGGCCUUGGAUGUUGGGGCAAAGCAGCAAGCAGUGCUGCUCCCGGUGGCAGUCAACAAGGUUAUGUCCGAAAAGGAGCUGGCAGAAUGGAAGGCUCAUGUGGAAGCCGGACAUUGGCCAUAUAGGAGAGACUGUGCAGUUUGUCUCUCAGCCUCGGGGACGGGAAGGCCGGCGAGAAAGGUCCUUCAUAGGGACGCAUAUGUGAUGAGUCUUGAUGUUGCAGGCCUUUUCCGAGAUGUUGGAAAGGACGAGAAGAGGGGCGGCAAGUACAGGUUCGCCUUGGCGGCAACGUAUGUUUCUCCGAAGACUACCCGCGCUCCGGAAGAUGCCCCUGUGCCUGACUUGGAAGAGGACUUGGACUUCUUGGAGCAAAGCGAGGAGGAAGAUGAGCCAGGCCCGGGAGACUUGGCCGAAGAUCCAGGCGCAGAUGCUCAGGAGGAGGAAUGGCUUCGCAUAGACCUCUACAUCUCGUUACGAGCUGCUGAUUAUCCUUUGGCGAGGAUUCAUAGUGAUCGCGCAAAGGAGUUCCGGACAAAACAGUUGAGGAAGUGGUGCCGUGAACGAGAUAUCUAUCAAACUUACACUGAAGGAUUGGCGCCCUCACAGAACGCAGUUGCCGAGAACCAUGUUAAGUGGUUGAAGUGCCGAGCAAGAGCCCUUCUACAAGAUGCGCAGUUGGAUAAGUCGUACUGGCCAUGCGCUAUGAACCACACCUGUCUUCUCCACAACAAAAGGGUCAUGCGACAGAAAGCUCCGGGAAUAAGGUUUGGGUCCAAGGUUUGGGUUCGAUCCAAGGAGGAGCACCUGGGCCCGUUCGACAAAAGGUGGGUGGAAGGCGUGUUUCUUGGCCCGGCUGAGGAUGUGCGCGAGGGCUUUGUCAUUAAGCUCAAGGACGGCACCUGGUUCCGCACUUUGCAUAUGAGGGAGGCCGUGAAUGUUUUGGACGAAAGUGAGGGUGUGGACAUGGGCGACUUUGAGGCCGUGGAUCCGCCACCUACAAGAAGGGUCACGGGAAAGACUCGUGCGACCAACCAGGAGGAGGAAGUGACAGAAGAGCUUCCUCAACUGACAACCCGGAUAACGGGUAAGAAGCCCCUGGAUGGCCCGGUACUUCAACGAGCUGCAGGACAACCUUCUGGAGACAGAAAGAAGUUCGUCGAGGAUAUCCUGAACAGAGUAGUGGGCGUGACGAAUGCGACCAUCGAGUUCAGCGAGGUGGCGGCAAAGGUUGCCAAGUUGGUUCAGAUGGAUUCCCCUUGCGAGGUCUUCACUUCGGUUACCCUGACCAAGAAUGCGAUCAUGCCGUUGCACCGGGACAUCUUUAACUUGAACGGGUCUUUCAACUUGGUCUGCCCCCUAAAGAUCGGAAAGGGCAGCGCUAUAUGGCAAGAAAUGAAGUUUGGGGAUGAGUUCUACGGCAACUUUGAGUUUCGGGAGGUGGACGGGAAGGAGGUUCCUGGUCAGAAAAUGAGUGUGGAGAGGCCCGUGAAGGUCAUCCCUCAGCGCUGGCAUCAACCUAUCCCGGGAGAAGGUCCAGAUAGAGUGUUGGCAGUGGGACAUACAAUUGGCAGUUGGGCUAAAUUGUCUUCAGAAGUUCGAGAGCAACUGGAGAUGAUUGGUUUUGUUGUUCCAAGAGAAGAUGUGAAGGUCGCUGCAAUGGUGGUGGAAUGCGAUGAUGGCGAGGUCUUCUCCGCGAAGCAGGGCCAAAUCCCAACACAGCAGGGCCAAAUUCCAACACAGCAGGGCCAAAUCCCGACACAGCAGUUCCAAAUCCCGACACAGCAGUUCCAAAUCCCGACACAGCAGGAUCAGGUUUUGGUGUAA